AAGGUUGUGUCUGGAGGUCAGUGUUGCAUGCCUGAACAAACUUCUGAGCUGCUCCUGUCACAAGUAUAUAGUACAAGAAUUUGUCUUCCUUCGGGAUGGAUGUGCACUUUGCCCCCUGCAGAUUAUAGGUGGGUGUCAAAGGCCCUGUUCAGGUGGUCUCCUGAGAUGCAACCUGAAAUGGACUAUGCUAGGGUGGAUAGGAUGUGGCGGUACCCACCGUUCCCACCUCUUACCGUAACUGAAGAGCCAGAGAUGGGAUGCUACUUUGGGAAUGCAUUGUUUCUCUGGAUGCCACAAAAGAUGUGGAACGUGAAACUUAUCUGUCCACAUUCAGACUGCCUGAAGGGAGAGCUCACAUCAACAGGCCUGCAUGAGGAGCUCAGGCAGGUAGUCGACAUGGAAGGGUCAUACUUCAUGGCAUCCGAGCGUCUGGUUUGUGGGAAAUGCAAGAGGAAAUGGAUUAGCUGGAGUCAUGAUGUAGUGUCACAACUUGAUAUUGGUCAUAGAGUCCAGUUCCCUUGCAUUCUUGCAUCACACGUGGCUUGUGACAUGAAGGUUGUUCACUUUAACCGUCUGAGACAUUUGGGGCCUAGCGUCAGCCAAAUCCAUAAGAAACUGGAGGAACGUCACACUGAGGUUUGGCUGCAAAAGACUGUUCGGUAUCUAACAGAUUGCAAAAGCUUUGCCCAAGCUGCUCAGUUUCAAGAUCCAACCGCCAUGCCUCUCCUUCCCAAACAUUGUUGGUUGAGGCAAGUGUUCGCUCUGGACGUACUUCACAGAAUGAAUGAGAUCAAGGCCAGCAUAACCUCGACGUUUGGUCAUGUGCUAAAGAUGGGUUCCACCAAAGAGUGUCUCAGGAACUUGGGUGACCAGUGUUUUCAAUGAACACGGGCAAGCUAUCAUGUCGGUGCUUACAGAAAACAAAGAGUCUGGUCUUGAGGGGAUGAUCUCCAGUGUCAUAAAUAGAUACAAGGAAGCUGCAGUGGCUCCUCCUGAAGUUCUGUAUGUUAAUGGAGACUGCUGUGGGUCCAACUCUCUCAGAAAAACAUUCAGAGAGUGGAAGGACGUGGAGGUCAGGUUGAACAUCUCCGAGUUCAUGCGAAGGAUUUCUGUGGGCUGCACGUUAGAGUCCCAUCAGAUAUACCCGACAUUCAUGGGCCGCCUCACCCACUGUAUUUUCAAAUGGGAUGAGGAGGACCUGAAGCAGCUGAAGGAGGCGAAGCAUAAUGAGCUCAAUUCCGAUAUCGUCCAGCCUUCUGAUGAUGAACUAAUGCAUCACCUCAGCAGAAGCGAGUUGGCCCUCCACUGUAGACGAGCCACGCGUGAUGUAAGGGAGAUCGAAGAACUUAUCACAGCACUCAUUCGGCUCUAUGAUGGGGAGGCGGGAUGGGACUCAUCAGGAGUGCCUCUCUUCAGUUCCAAUAUAUUGGCUGAGAUUUGGGAUUCCCAGAAGAAACAUCUGCCAUGUCUAGUGGAUCCUCUUGGUGUACCACUGUAUGAGCAGACUGGGACACUGGUGAAGGGAGGCCAACUUCUGCCAACCUACAAAUGUUUCAGAGAUUCCACAAUCAUUGAAUCCUUCCACCAGCAUUUGAACCAGCUCAUUCCAGGGGUGCCAGCUUGUUCUACAUUUCUUCAAAUUGAGUUUUUGGAUGGAUUGGUCAGGUGGAAUGAAGCGACUGCCGUGGCCUCAGAGGGCCUACAGACACCUCAGUCUUGCAUUGGGGUUCUCCAACAAGCUGUCGACCAGCUCGGAGAGGAAAUGCUUGAAAACAACAUUGUGUCUACUAUCAUUACAAGUAAAUACACUGGUGAACUGAUUGGGUUAGAGUACCUGUACCAUCAGACUGGCAAAGCAAUCCAGGACAUCAGAUUUAUCAUUAGACAGAUGGAAACCACUGACCUCCAAGUGGCUAAAAGUGAGAGCUGCUGCAAACUAGAGGACAUUGGGGAUUGGACAAUCACAAACCAACCCAUCCCAUCUCUGUUAGAAGCUUCUCCAUCGACGACAAGCCGAGGUGCUCAGUUUCAGGAGGAAGAUCUCUUUCCUCCAAACACAUCCUCGCCUGCUCCAGAGAAGGUUCCUUUCAUAAAAGAAGAGGAUAAUUGCGACGACAAGCCUCUCAUUUCAAACUUGCCUCCAGACACUGUGAUGGAAAGCAGCAACACAACACAAGAAGAAGCCUCAACAGUACAAGCCCAGUCAGGCUCAAUGCUGACUUUGCCCAUUUUGUUUUCCAGUCCUUUUCCGUUAAAACAAAUGAUGGUGGUUUUAACACCUGCACAAAAGAUUGAUGCACCACCAACAGCGAGCUUCCAUGUGGUUCCUGUUCCUCACACCACACAGUACUACCAGAAGAGAAAACUGGUCAAGGAAAAAGAUGGCAUUUGUACCAGGAAGUAUGUGCGAAGAUCAGAGGCUAUCCAGUGCAGAAAGUGCAAUAAAGAGAGAGUAAUGUCAACUCAUCGCCAGUAUUUUGGCAACUGGUAUUGUGAGGAGACCGAAACAAAACCCUUUGCUGUGUGGAAGGAUGAACUGAUAAAGCGGGGUUAUGGAAAGAAGAAGUGCUGAAGGGUGUAAUCAGCGAUGAACAUCCAGCACCUUUUGUUUUAAUUGUUCUUAUUUAACUGCAUUUUUUCCAUUAGUUGUAUGUAAUUAAAAAUGUUGGCUUUUUGGUGUUUCUAAUCAAAAUAUAAUUGCAGCACUGCGGUACAAUCAUUUGUGGCAGUGGAACUGAAUUGUUUUAUCCAUACAACUCAACACUUCUGCGAUUCAGAAUUAGUUUCUGGGAAAAAUAUUAUUUUUAUUUAUGCUUAAGGUCUAUCGUUUAUU